CCCCCCGGGAAGAUGGGGAACUGCCUCAAGUCCCCCACCUCGGAUGACAUCUCGCUGCUCCACGAGUCCCAGUCGGACAGAGCUAGCUACGGAGACGGGGCUGAGCCGGAUCAGGAGCCGCCGCCGCCAUAUCAGGAGCAGGUGCCCGUGCCUGUGUACCACCCCACGCCGAGCCAGACGCGGCUGGCCACGCAGCUGACGGAGGAGGAGCAGAUCCGGAUAGCGCAGCGCAUCGGCCUCAUCCAGCACCUUCCCAAGGGAGUCUACGACCCCGGCAGGGACGGCUCCGAGAAGAAGAUCCGAGAAUGUGUCAUUUGUAUGAUGGACUUUGUUUAUGGGGACCCUAUCCGAUUUCUGCCGUGCAUGCACAUUUACCACCUGGACUGUAUAGAUGACUGGUUGAUGAGAUCCUUUACCUGUCCAUCCUGCAUGGAGCCAGUGGAUGCAGCACUGCUUUCAUCAUAUGAGACUAACUGAGCCAGGGUUUCUCUACUGAACCUUCGAGGAGACCAUCCACUUCAAUGGGUUUGAUCCUUUUGUCAUUCAGCCCAAAGAGCCAGGAAUUAGGAAUUAAGAUCAUGCACAAAGUAUACAUUUCCUAAUAAAUAAAUAAAAAAAUAUUCCUGAAUGGCUGCAAAUAUUGGAAAACAUAGUAUUUUAGAGACUAUAGAAAAGUAGGUUGUUAUUUUUAAUGUAAAGCCUUGACCCACCAUUGUCUUUUAAUGUUUGUUCUUACACCCAUAUAUAGGAAUUGUGUAAAGUGUUACAGCAACUGUAAAUGUUUAAACUGCGUGUAUCCAAUUUUAUUAGCAGCAAGAUAAGAGUAUUUUUUUCCUAAAUAAAGUAACCAGUUUUGUUCUGAUUCUUUUCACAAGUCCUGGCAUUUGGGUCAAGGCUUUAUUGAAAUCUACAUUUUAUAACACUGGCACAAAGAAAUAGUUUUAAGCUUGUUUGCACAGUUCUUUUUCUUUUUCUUUUUUUUUUUUUCCAUUGGAGAUGGAAUUCAUUGCCUUAGGUCUUUUUAAUAGUGUAUUGUUAUUGUUGGGCUGGCUCUAUGCUUGAAAACCAGUUUAUUUAUAACCUGUUAAAAGUGCUAUAUUUUGUUUGCAGUUAGGAAUAUGCAGACUUCAAAGUGAUCUCCUAGCUUAUAAGCAAACUGAGAUGCAUUAUCCCUUUUCUACAAGUGAUACAGAUUAUGAAGAUAUGACAGAAGUCCUGCAGUGAAAUUCUGGUUUCAUGGGUUUUUUUAAUAAUGUCCUUUGGUUUUGAUGAACAGUCCUUAAACUUUAAUAUGUGACCUUUAACUGGAUCAGAUUAAAAGUGGGCCAGAUGAACAAUAAAUAGUUAAGCUGCCAUCACUGAAAAAAAAUAAUUUGGAACUAAUGUAGCGCUAGCAUUGAUCACUUAUUCUAUUUUUUCACCCUAAAAUGGUUGUCUUGGAUAAUAGCAAAUGGAUACUGCAUCUCUCCUUCUUGUAGUUCUUAGGUUAUCAGAAGUUAAGAAUAAACAUACUGUAUCCCA